GCAUUUUAUAAUGAACAGUUGAAUUGUAAUCAGUCUCGCCGCAACCACGGUUAAAAAAGCACGCCGUGACUGUUUAUACCUUUCGCCGAGAGCGAUGUGCGCGAUUCUAAAAUACAAAAUUAGGUUAUAACUUAACUUAUCUAUACUCGAGUGAUAUCAUGCAAUUUAAAAGUGAAACCUAGAAUAUGAAUGCGUAACUCUUAACAAAUUUGACAUAGAAAUGCCUGAAAACAACCUUUUACAAAAAGCAAAUAAAAUGGAGGAUUGCGGAUUGGUAAUGAAAGAAAUAAAAUCAAACAAUACGAUAAUGAAGAGAAUGUUGAAAAGUGAAAUAGAAGUUAUACCAGUUGUGGAAGAGACGGAAGAAAACGACUGUGAUAUAGAACCUGUAGAAGCAGUACAUAAAGAAAUUAAAGAACCUUUAGAACGUAAAUUGCCGUCGCCGGCUGGGUCUCUGCGUAAAGCUUCUAGAACGCACCAUUCCGAUAUAUCUAAUCACAGUUUCAACUCCAUUCCUUCUCAUCAAAGUAGUCCUAAUUUCAAAAGAAAUAACAGUAUUAGAUCUUUGAAAAAUUAUUACCAUUUAAUGAAUGAUUUGGGUCAAAAACCUCCUAGCAGUGAGUCAGGAAUUGUUUCAAAAUCAUCUGAUGCAGCCUCGCUGAGGUCAUGGUCAUCUGUAUGUAUGGGGUCUACGGAUGGAAAGAAAAUGAUUGUGAGAAGAGUACCAACAUCACCCGUAGAACUGUUUAAUAUUGUUAAUCCUCCAACACCUCCAGAAGUAUACAAUAAUGUAAAUAAUGAUACAGAUAAUGACAGCGACGAUGAAGAUAUUGAAGAAUUUGUGAAACCAAGAAGGCAGCAAUGGUCAAAUAAGUUACAGUUUGUUCUUGCUUCUGUUGGCUACAGCGUUGGACUUGGGUCAAUUUGGAGAUUUCCUUAUUUAUGCUACAAAAGUGGAGGAGCGGUUUUCCUUAUUCCAUAUGCGAUUAUAAUGGUUUUUAUUGGCGGACCAAUGCUGUACAUGGAGUUAGCCGUAGGUCAGUUUACAGGAAGGGGUCCGAUUGGAGCUCUUGGAUAUUUAUGUCCAUUACUUAAAGGAACUGGUAUUGGUAGUGUUGUGAUUUCAUUUCUUUUGUCAACAUAUUACAGCGUGAUAAUAGCAUACGGCAUUUUCUAUUUCUUCACCUCGUUUAGAGUGAAUCAACCAUGGGCAGAUUGUGGACAUCGAUGGAACACUCAGUUUUGUUGGGAUCAAAGUAAACAUUAUCGCAAUGAGACAAAACCUCUAUAUACUCAAUCGCCAGCCGAAGAGUUUUACGACAUUAAAGUUCUUCAGAUAAGCAAAGGGAUUGAAGAUUCAAACUUUCUUAGAUGGGAACUGGUAGCAUGCUUGAUCUGCGCGUGGGUUUUGAUUUAUUUUGCUAUUUGGAAAAGUAUAAAAUCUUCAGCUAAAGUUCGUUAUUUCACUGCAACAUUUCCCUUCGUUAUCAUAAUUAUUCUACUCAUUAAAUCUUUAACCCUGGAAGGAGCUGAUCUGGGUAUGAGAUAUUUCUUCAAACCUAAAUUCGAGUUACUCCUUAAUGCAAAGGUUUGGGUGAACGCCGCUAGUCAAACUUUCAACUCUAUGGGUUGUGCCUUUGGAUCAAUGAUCUGUUUCGCAAGUUAUAAUAAGUACAAUAAUAGUAUUUUACCAGAUACAGUAGCAGUGUGGGUUGUAAAUAGUAUAACUAGUUUAAUUGUGGGCAUUUUUGCCUUCGCAACAAUUGGAAAUAUAGCUACAGAACAAGGAACAUCCAUCGAAGAUGUUGUAGAUGACGGACCAGGACUCAUAUUCGUCGUGUAUCCGCAAGCUAUAGCUAAGAUGCCAGCAGCUCAAUUAUGGGCAGUGUUCUUCUUCUUUAUGCUGAUAUGUUUAGCUCUAAAUAGCCAAUUUGCCAUAGUGGAAGUUGUAGUGACAUCCAUACAAGAUGGUUUUCCUGGUUGGAUAUCUAGGAACCUGAUGUGUCAUGAAAUUCUGGUUCUGAUUAUCUGUGUUGUUUCCUUACUAUGCGGGAUUCCUAAUGUCACUAGAGGUGGAAUAUACUUUUUCCAACUAAUAGACCACUAUGCAGCAUCUAUUUCCAUUAUGUACCUCGCAUUUUUCGAAGUAAUAGCUAUAACAUGGUUUUAUGGAGCUUGGAAGCUUAGCAAAAAUGUGAAAACUAUGACUGGAAGGCAUCCUGGUUACUUCAUAAAAUUUUGCUGGUUGAUAGCAACACCACUAAUGAUUUUUGCUUUAUGGGUGUUUCUAAUAAUUGACUACGAACCACCAACUUACAACAAUGGAGUAUAUCAUUAUCCCGUUUGGGCAGUGGUACUAGGAUGGAUCAUAGCUGCAAUGUCUAUUCUGUGCAUUCCUGUUACAAUGAUGAUUGUGUUUUUAAAAUCUCCUGGAUCCACAUUUAAGGAGAAAUUGAAAAACUCAAUCAAAUCAGAUAUUUUGGAAAAAUGUCCUAAGUGUAGUGAGAUGGAUUGCGAUUGUACCUUAGAUGAAGAUGAAGGACCUAUGCUUAUUGUAAAACCAGUAGUUGAGAUGAAGAAUAUUAAAGAAGAAAAGACUGCAGAACCAUUAUUUCCUACUAUCGAUAGUAGUACAAUUCUUCAAAAUCAUGUCGAAACUGAGCAUGUAGAACCAAGUGAAACAAUCAGCGAAUAUGAUAAUGUUGCAGAACAUGAGAAAAAAACUGAAAAUGAUGUAAAAAAUGAAUGAUAUUGUGUUAAUAAAGUAUAAAUAAAAA